AUGGCGGAAAUCGUAUCACCAGGAUCUAACCAGUGGACAACUCCGGCGGUCUCUCCAAGCGCUGCAUGGACAAGAAAGACUCCGAUUCCCCCGACAGAGGAGGAAUGGAGUUCGGAUGACGAUGUGAUGAAUGAAAAUCUGGCGAAAUCGGAGUAUCCAGUCAUCUUGGUCACUAAAGAAGAGAAGGAAAGAUUGAGAAGACCUUGGCGAAAGUCCCUCAUUAUCAAGCUUCUUGGUAAAACAAUUGGGUAUUCUUUCUUGUUGCAUAAAUUACAAAGGAUGUGGAAGCCGGAAGCACCGUUUGAGUUGAUAGCUUUAGACCAAGAUUAUUUUCUUGUGAAAUUCGAAUCUACCAGAGAUAUUGAGACUGCCAUGUAUGGUGGUCCAUGGCUAGUGCUCGACCAUUACCUGGUGGUGCAGCGGUGGGAACCCAAUUUUGACCCAAGAAACAAGAAAACCAAGAAAUUGCUAGUGUGGAUUAGAUUCCCGACCAUGCCCAUAGAAUAUUUUGAGGAGGAAUUUCUAAUGAGGUUCGGUAAGGAGCUGGGUAGACCAGUGAAGAUAGAUUUAACUACGGGAUUGGCGGCAAAAGGGAAGUUUGCAAGAGUGUGUGUAGAGAUAGACAUAUCACAGCCCUUAAUGCCCAAGUACGUUCUUGAUGAAAAGGAAUGGUUGAUUGAGUAUGAAGGCUUUCACCUUGUUUGCUUCGAAUGUGGUACCUACGGGCACCGCCAAGAGAACUGUGGUAAAAUAGCAGGGGUCGAGGUGAUGGAGUCUGAUCAACAGGAUGGAGGACAACCAGUUAGGGACCAAUCGACUGCAACCCAAGAACCACCUAAGAAGUAUGGCGCUUGGAUGCUGGUUCAAAGGAAGCAAAGGAGGCAGAGGCCGAAAGGCCAUGACAACCCAGGGUUGGCAAAACACCAGGAGGCUGCAAGAACAAGGGAUACAGGUUUUGAAGGUCUAGGCGAGCAGAGCUGCUUUGCGUCCCUAGAUGGCUUGGAGGAAGGACAGGUGGCCCAAGCUCAAGAAGAUCCACCCGGAUCGACGGAGGCCAAUCGCCAGAACUUUAAUCUGCCUAGGAUAAGAACUUCGCGCCCAAAUGUCCAGAAAUCCCCUAACAACGCUGUACCGGCGGAAUCUCAUGGGAACUCCAACCGGCCAAUUAUGUCGAAAAGAGCUCGAUCGGCAACGAGAGGUCGUGGGAGAGGCCAAAAUGCGAGGGGUGGAGUACACUAUCGGGCUCCCAACAGAGCAGCAGGGGAAACCGACCAUACUGUGGUUAGAGGGUCCAGAUUUGGGAAAGAAGUAGCAUCUACAGUGGUUUUUCAUGAAGAGUCAUAUCGGGAUUAUCCCAUUACUGCAGGGCUAGAGAAUGUCUUCAAGGAAAACCCACCGGACCAUGGAGGCACUUCGAGCAGUCAUAUUUUAGCAGAGAAUGAAACCUCGAUGGAGGGCGUGAAUCACAUAGGCCAUCUUGGCCCCCAGGAGCAGAGCUCUAUGCGCGUUUAG